AGCAGGUACUGCCAGGCUUCUUCCAAGAGGAGAAAAAACUGCACUAGAAAUCGCAUAUUGUGUGCAUCUUCUACUUUACCUCGCUUCGUAGAUAUCUGUUGUGCAAAACCACGUUUCUCUCACAUUUUCACAUCGCUCUAGGGUUUCUUCAACUUCAUGGCUUCCCCUAGUCAUUUCGAGGAUGACUUCGAUUUCUUAGGUGGAUUUAGCGCAAGACAUUCAGGUACUAAGAGGUCGUCUCCCGAUUACGACGAUGAAGAUUACGACAACGAUCCUUUUGCAACAAAGAAGGCUAAAUCAAAAGCUGAAGAAGCCUCUGGUGUAACUACAGGAAUGAUUUUGUCCCUGCGUGAGAGUCUUCAGAACUGUAAGGAUACACUUGUGACAUGCCAAAAUGAACUUGAGGCUGCAAAAUCUGAGAUUCAGAGUUGGCAUUCUACACUUAAAAAUGAGCCUUCUGUACCUGCUGGGGUCACUCCAGAUCCCAAAAUGUUGAUUAAUCAUCUUCAGACCUUGAAAACCUCUGAAGAAUCUUUAAGAGAGCAGCUUGAAAAGGCGAAGAAAAAGGAAGCUGCAUUCAUUGUAACAUUUGCAAAACGAGAACAGGAGAUAACAGAGUUGAAGUCUGCUGUGUGGGAUCUGAAAGUGCAACUCAAGCCACCGUCUAUGCAGGCUCGGAGGUUGUUACUAGAUCCAGCUGUUCAUGAAGAGUUCACUCGUUUAAAGAAUUUAGUCGAGGAAAAGGAUAAAAAGGUGAAGGAGUUGCAAGAUAACAUUGCUGCUAUGAAUUUUACUCCCCAAAGCAAGAUGGGGAAGAUGCUGAUGGCUAAAUGUAGAACCCUGCAGGAGGAAAAUGAGGAGAUUGGAAAUCAAGCUUCUGAGGGGAAGAUACAUGAAUUAGCACUGAAGCUUGCAUUGCAGAAGUCCCAGAAUUCACAACUUAGAAGUCAAUUUGAAGGGUUGCAGAAGCACAUGGAAGGACUGACAAAUGAUGUGGAAAGAUCCAACGAAACGGUUCUCAUGUUACAAGAUAAACUCGAAGAGAAGGAUCGGGAAAUCCAAAGACUAAAACAUGAGUUUCAGCAGAAAAACGUAGAGGAUGCAAGGUCUGAUGCAACUUUGACCAAAAAUGACAAUAACGAGACGACAGCUGGAGAGGCUGCGAACUAAUUUGACAGUAUAAUUUUUUGUAGGAAACAAUUGCUUUUCAUUUUAAUGUCUUUAUACUCCUGUAUAUUAUGUUAAUAAUUUUUUGCAUAUCUAUGAGGAAUGAUUAUGCUUCUACUUUGAGUGGAAAUAUAGUCCUCGUAGUUGAACAUGGUGCCAUUUUUAUACUUCACUAUCUGUUACAAUGGAGUUGUGUUCUUUAAAAGAAGAAUCUUUCUAAAUAAAAUUGGAGAUAUAUAAAACACAAGAUAUGGACACUAAAUUGGGUGGGGGAGCAGUACAAGUUUUCAUCAGGAGAAAGGAUUUUUAAAUCAUUAGAUUGUAUUUCCUUUCAAUGUCAUCAAAUUUCAACCAUGGUGGCGUGCGGAAACCGGUUGUGGUUUCCGAAUCUGUUGCAACAACAUGGAGAAUGUGAAGUGGGUUUCUGUGACGGCUCGUGGAGGUCACUUUUUGCAUGGCGGCUGGCGGUGGUGAGACGGUAAUGGUGGAAAAAGCGAACUGAAGAAAGAGAUAAGUAGUAGUAAAGUAGCAAAGUGGAAGAGAUAAUGCAUCAACUGCUUCAUAAGAGAUGAGAUAGGAAGCGGUGGUGGCACACAUCAACCCUAAUUGCAUCAUUUGAUGUGCUUUAUGAAUGUUUAAUACAUAAAGGUCAAAAUUUGGAUUAGGCCUAUUAAUAUUAUUUAACCUAAA